CAUUCAAUUGGACCUUAGCGAUCACAUCAUUAUUUGGAGUAUUUUCAAGUUUUUCGCAAAAUUUCGCACAAUUAUGUUUUUUAUUAUUUUUAUUGGGAUUUGGUGUCGGUGGAAAUAUGCCAGUUGAUGGCGCACUUUUCUUGGAAUUCAUACCAAAAGAACAUCAGUAUCUUUUAACUUUUAUGUCAGUAUUUUUUUCAUUUGGAGCUGUCUUAACAUCAGUGUUGGCAUAUAUUGUUCUGCCUCCAUACAGUUGUCCAGAAAUGAAAAAGGGAGAAAUAGAUACUUGUGAUGUGUCGAUAGAAAAUAAUGGCUGGAGAUAUUUGUUGGCAACUUUAGGAACUUUGACAUUUCUUAUGCUUGUUGCUCGUAUAUUAUUUUUUCGUCUUCAAGAAUCACCAAAAUAUCUAAUAUCUCGUAAUCGUAAACAUGAUGCAAUAUUAGUACUGCAUAGAAAUUGUAAUGAUAAGGUGACUGGCAGCAAUCAAAAGGACAAUAUUGCUAGUGCUAAUGUUGAUGCUAAUAAAGAAAAUACUUUAUUAGACGAAUCAAAUCAUGCUGCUAAAAAACAAUCUGCUCUUGACGCGUUAAUUACAAAAAUUGGAAUGGGAAAAUUUCAAAAACAAUUAUUGGUUUUAUGUGGAUUCGGCUGGCUUGCUGAUAAUGUUAGUGAUGAGAUUAAUUAUAUUAUAAUCAAUCAUAUAUUUGGUGUGGCUGUAAUAUUACCAAGAGUUCAGCCAAUGAUGUCUGGUGCCCUUUUCUGGGGGGUUCUUUCUGAUUCUCACGGUCGUAAGCAAGCAUUCAAUUGGACCUUAGCGAUCACAUCAUUAUUUGGAGUAUUUUCAAGUUUUUCGCAAAAUUUCGCACAAUUAUGUUUUUUAUUAUUUUUAUUGGGAUUUGGUGUCGGUGGAAAUAUGCCAGUUGAUGGCGCACUUUUCUUGGAAUUCAUACCAAAAGAACAUCAGUAUCUUUUAACUUUUAUGUCAGUAUUUUUUUCAUUUGGAGCUGUCUUAACAUCAGUGUUGGCAUAUAUUGUUCUGCCUCCAUACAGUUGUCCAGAAAUGAAAAAGGGAGAAAUAGAUACUUGUGAUGUGUCGAUAGAAAAUAAUGGCUGGAGAUAUUUGUUGGCAACUUUAGGAACUUUGACAUUUCUUAUGCUUGUUGCUCGUAUAUUAUUUUUUCGUCUUCAAGAAUCACCAAAAUAUCUAAUAUCUCGUAAUCGUAAACAUGAUGCAAUAUUAGUACUGCGUAAAAUUGCAAGUAUUAAUGGCAAUGAUAUGCAAAUACAAGUUACUGAUUUCCCAAUAACUCCAGUAGCAAGCAAUAAAGCAAGCAUGGAUGGAUCCAUUUCUCCAUCAUCGUUUUCUUACCCAACACGUCAACAACAUCAUGACGAUGAUCCAGAAUCAUUUUCAAAGUUUUUCUCUAAUCCUUUAG